AUUUGAUUGUAGUUUCACUUUUGUGUCGUGGUAACCAAAACUGGCGGAUUGUCUACUAACAUAACCUUGCAGUUGGUAGUUAGCAUGUUAUUAUUCAUAAAUAUACAAUUAGAAGUGCUAAAAUGAAAAAAUUAAGUUGUAUAGUGCCGGAUUGUGAUUCCGUGGAUUCCCAACACGAUGGUGCAAAUACAAAGUUUCACCAGUUCCCUAAAGAAGCCGAAGUGAGGAAAAAGUGGCUAAAGGCUAUAAAACGAACGGAAGGAGAAGUUAACAAAAGGUCUAAAGUGUGUUCCAGGCAUUUCAAAACCGACGAUUACGCUAUCACCAGGCUCAACUAUGGAGUUGGAGGUAAACCCACAGCUUCGGGCUCUAAGAACACCUGUGAGUUCAAAGCGUUGAAAUCGGAGGCGGUCCCCAACAUGAAUCUACCGCCAAAAUCUACUUUCAAAAUUAAGAUUAGUAAAAAGGAUAACAGCAAACACAUAAAAGUGGAGGAAAUAAAAGUAAAAGAGGAAAAAAUCGAAAAACCUGAAAGGGUAAAAAUGCCUAAAAGACCUGCACCCCCCGACAGUCCUCCAAGGUCUAGAACAGGGUCUAGGCCUAGUAGAGCAGCUAGUAAAGAAGCACUGAAGCAGAUGCAGUUGUUGUUAGAUGAUGAAAAUGAUGCCGUAGAGAUUCCUGACGACGUCAUGCCAAUUGCUCCAUCCCCACCUAUGGGUCCGCCACCUAAGAAAAAACACAAAGUAAGUCACCGAAAAUCUGCAGAUGCGACUGCUAAACCUGCACCCACAGAUCGAGAUACAAUAGUUUUACAAACAAUAACGAACCGAGAUGCCGAAAAUACACUAGAAUUGGAUUGUUGGGUGGAACAACCGGACCAAAUACACAAAGACCGUCGAAAGAAGUACCUAGAUGAACAAAAAGAACUACAGGACAAACUCGACGCUCUAGUAGCAGAAAACCAUGGGAAAGUCAUUUUCAAGAAUGAGACGAGCACUAUCAUCGAAGUUUUGGAACAAGUUCGCUCAGCUGUCGAAGGAGCUGAAAAACCUCCGACAAGUGUAAUUAUAAAUAAUAACUUAGGUGGAACGCAAUCUUAUAAUUUGGUAAUGGAUCCGACAGCAGGUCUAGUUGCUUCGGCGCCUAUCCAGAUAACACCUCCCGUCGUAACGCCAGCACUUGUCGCCGUUACACCACAGAAAGCACCUCAAGCAAGAAUAUCGGUGGUUCAGGAUCUCCAGCAAACUCCUCCUCCCGCCCCGACGACGCCUCGCGUUGCCACACGAAAUCGGGCUAGAGGUUCUACAAGCAAGAACACCCCUCCACCUCCCGCACCAGUCGCCACACCACCAACAAGAAGCAAAGCAACGCCGGCCCAAAGUACUCCUCCAGUACAAGCUCCUCCGACACGAAAUCAAACGCGCGCCCAGGUUCAAACCACUCCAGCCCCCAAACCACCACCGGCAACUCCACAGACGAGAGGUCAAGUGCAGAAUACGCCGCAGACUCGGGGACAGAACGCUCAGACUAGAGGUCAGAAUACGCCUCGAGCGGCGCAGAUACCGACUCCGACGCCAACCCAGACUAGAGCCCAAGCAGCAGCUGCUACACCGCCUACACCUACACCUACACCGCCUCAGACGAGGGGCAAGAAACAAGUCAAUACUCGAGCGAGAGGGGUGCCCGGUUCCAAUACAUUCACAACAACGGUACGUCCGUCAGAAACUAACGUAGAAGGAGGUCUUUCGGCAGGUAAUAAAAACCAGGUAGUGGAAGUCGAUCUCACUUCCACGGACGAUACAGAAACCAGCAAGUUACCGCCGGACAGCAGAGAAAUAGCGUUCAAUAAGUUACAAGGCAAGACCUAUCCUUCGCUGGUGGUCGUAGCGAGACCUCACUUAAGAGCCAAAGACUUGUCUUUGGAUAGGCCCAAGUUGGACGCCAAAGUGAAAUCAGUGCUUAUGCAUGCUCCACCCAAAUUUACAGAAUGGUUAAUCCAGCAGGGUCUCAUCCGCUCGGAACAAAAAUGUACUGUACAUACGAGCACUCAACUAAAACUCGGCAUGUACAGCGAUGUGUCCAAGUUUCCCUAUUCCGGAGGAUACGUGUGGAUUUCCGAAUGUUGUCCUCAAAGGUUUGUCUCGGUAUUCAGCGGAUCGUUAUUCGAAGGGUCGCCCCAUCCUCCAGUCGUCAUAUUGAAGUUGCUGUACCAUUGGGCGUGCCAAACCAAUAUUCAGAACGUCGUGCAAUGGGUAAAAGUAGACAACCUGUAUGUCAAAGGUAUGUUCACGUGGCUGCGUUCCAUCUGUACCGUAGGCCUCCAGUCGCAUUUCCGCCAGCUGGGAGGACCAGGAGUCAAAGUAGAGGUGGGCGUGAUCUCCCUAGGCACCAGUUCCCAAGAUGGAAGCACGCGACAAGUAAAAGUCGAAGUAUUAGGAGUUCUAGAAGCGGACUCGAAACUUAUCAGACUACGAGCGGUAGAGCCUCAAUCGGACGGCGAUAGGAGCUACAAAAAACGGUUUUCGAAGAUACUGGAACCGUUGGUCUCUUGGGUACACCCGCACAGUAUGCUGGUAGCAGAUAUGACGGUUGACAAGCAAGCGUUGUACAACAUGGGGUUCACGAACGUUGUGGUUUCUACUGUGGUCACUAACAAUCAGAUCAUGGAGUAUUUGCGGAGGAUAGUGCCGAGAAUGUUCCAGAAUACGCUGUCUUUGUUGUCAAGGCAGAUCAUCCAACAGUUUUUGGACGAAUUGGUAUGGCGAGAAUGGUUCGGGACAUCGUCCCUCCAAGCAUUCGACAGCGUGGUCCAGCACUUAGCAGAACAAACUCGGUACGAGAGCGGCAUGUCACUGAUAGUGCGUCUUAACAAGGUCGCCCAAAAUCCCUUCAAGAGUUGGAACAUGGGCCUCCCUAAUACACCGAAAAUACCGGUGGAAAACAAUGCCAUAAACGCGACAAACGCCACAAACAACUCCAAGAAGUCGAGGAACGCCAGAAAACCGGAACUUCCAAAGGUGAACCAGGUUACACCAACAGACGUCAACAGGCCGCCAAAAAGCACAUCUCCAGACGUUCCUGAGCAGAUGGUACCAUUGGAAAGCUACUAUUACGGUACCAUAGAGACCUACACCAAAACACCGAAGAUUACCUUAAAUAUGAAGUGUCCGUUCUGUAAGAGCGUGUUCGACAACAAUAUACAGCUGAUGAGUCACUUGUUCAAGCAUGCGCACAACGUAUCUAUGGACGCGCAGCUGUGCAGGUACUGCCUGACCAGUGUUGCCACAGCCAAUGACCUGUUGAAACAUAUUGCCACAUCACAUCCAGCCGAAACCAAAUUCGACAACGGAUUCUGCUGUCUGAUCUGCGAAACUCCCUAUAUGAAUCCGUUCAUUCUGGGUAAACACAUGUCCAAAGAGCACUCUCCCAGCGAAUUGCCGUACCAAUGCGGUACUUGCGGCUAUCGUUGCUCCAACCACAAGCAAGCCAUAGAUCAUUUCUACAAAGCACACGACAACGGACCCACGAUACAGUGCCCCUUCUGUUUGAAAUCGACCACGGUGUUUACGUCAAGCAGAAAUAUUGUACAGAAUAUGAACUAUUUCAUCCAGCACUUACAGAAACAUCAAAGGAAAAACUUAGCUCGUCGAUGCGGCAAAUGCAACUCGUGGUUCGUGCAAAAAGACGCUCUCAACGACCACCAGAAAAAAAUGCACAUUUCCCAACGGGGCAAGCCCGAACUGGUUCCCUGGACGGCACCCCGAAACGGUAUUAUGGUUCCAAAGUCUAAGAUGGAUAAGUAUCCCGUGGAUGCUGAGGUUAUCGACUUCGACGCCUUAAAGUUAGAUCUGAGCAAAGGACUGAUGUGCAAAGAGUGCGAUACGCCGAUGGAUACGCCAAAACACUUUCCAUCGUUUGAGAGCUGCCAGAAUCCGAAUUGUCAGUAUUCAACGUGUUGUACGAAUGCAAUGCAAGAACACAACGCCAAAUGUAGCAAAACCAAUAACCCCAUUGCCGAAGAAAAGCUUCCUUUUGAAAUGUUCUGUAUUUGUGGAUUCAGUAAUACUGAUGGUAAUCGAAUGGCGAAACAUCUGGCUACCUGCGAGAGGAAGUCUGCAUAUCCUUCGAGAGCCGACGCCAGGUCUGCAACGGUGACACACAGUAUGUUGGACGUCUUAGGGUUAGUAAGAAGAGCAGAAGAAAUUCCAAAACCGACUGACACCACCAAAUCAGACGACUCGAAGCCCAAGCCAAAAACGGAGAAAAGGAAAAGGGCGAAGAACGAAGAAGAAUCUACAAUAGACGGUGCUAACGCGAACAAAGACAGUGUUGAGGUAUUGACCAUUGAUGAAAAAGAAGAUGAAGUGGAAGUUAAUAAGAGGAAAAGAAGGAGACUUCUGAUUCAGAAGAAAGAAUCAACUGGUGAUGUUAUAACUGUCGUGGACGACAAAGAUGAGGUUAAUAAAAAAGAUGGUAAUGAUAUCGAGAAAACAAAGACGACAGACAAGCCUGAAAUAGAAAAUAAAGAUGUAGAACAGCCACUAGCUGAAGAUAAAUCAUCUGACUCGAAAUCUAAAGAUGAGACACUUGAAACGGAGGAAAAACUAAAACAAGAUGACACUCCCCAACCAAUGGAACAAAACGCAACUGAAAAUGUUGAUGACACUUCGGAACCAAUGGAACAAAACACAACUGAAAAUGUUGAUGAAAGCGUUACAGAUACACCGAAAGAUGGCGAUGAUGUCCAACCUAGUGAAAAUGUUGAAGCAGCUGCUUCAGAAAAUGAGCAAUCUGCCAAUCUUCAAAACCAUGUUGACGACUCAGAAAAUACUUCUGAAGAAAAACAGGAAAUGGAAGAAGACAAAGAAAAUCUAGCUGACUCUACAGAUGAUAAGUCACAAGACACGGAAAUAGUAGACAAAGACACUGAAGAAACUAAUCUGACAAAAGAACACGAAUUAGAAGAUAAAGAUGGCACUGACAUAAAUAAAAAGGAGGAAGACACAUCAUCUAAAAGCAUUGAACAAGAUAAAGGCGAUGAGAACGAUAUGGAGAAUCAAACAGAUGAUAAAUUACAUGACGAUGAAAGAGAUAAUGAAGAAUCGGUAGAUAAAAACGUGCCUGAAGACAAAAACGGUGACAGUUUGGAAGGGGAAUCAAAAGAAGAAGACUUAUUAGAAGAAGAAAGAUCAAAAGAAGACAAUGUAGAAAAAUCGAAUGUAGAGAACUUAGAAGAAGAAUCGAGAGAAAAUGAAGAGUGUCAAGAAGAAGAUUUGAGAGAAAAUGAUGUGAGCCAGGAAGAAGAAUCUCAAGAUAAUGUCCAAAAUGUGGAUAAAGACGACAAGGAGGAAAUUGGAGAUGAAGGAGAGUCAAAAGAUAAUGAAUCUUUGGACGAUAAAGAUUAUAGUGAAGAGAGUCAGGAAGUACAAAAUAAACACGAGGAAGAGGCUAAAAUAGACGAAGAUGAACUUAAAGUGCAAAGCGAAAAAGAGGCUGAGACGCAAGACGAAGCGAUGGAAGAACAAGAAGAAAAACAGGUGGAUGAUGAUCAAGAACUAGACAGAGAGGAUGAGACGACUGAAGAUAAAGUAGAUGUGGCUGAAGACGAUGAGGAGGAAGUGAAUGAAGACAAAGAGGAAGAUGUGGUCGAGGAAAAAGAUGCAGCUGUGGCUGAAGAAAAAGAUGAAGCUAUGGCUGAAGAAAAAGAUGAAUCUAUGGCUGAAGAAAAAGAGGAAGAUGAGGCUGAAGACAAUAAAGAUGUGAAUGAAGACAUCGAAGACGUCUUACUGGAAGAGGAAGAUGUAAUUGACAACAAAGAGAAAGACACAGUUGAAGAUAAAGAGGAAGAGGUAGCUGAAGAACAUGAAGGUGUCGAUGAAGACAGAGAGGAAAUUAACAAGGAUGAAGAAGACGACGAAAGCCAAGAAGCUGAAGAUGUACAUAAAGGUGAAGACGCCGUGACAAAUGACGAAGAGCUGAAUGAGAUUACUGAAAAGGAACAGGACGAUUUGGAAAGUUCAGAAAAACAAUCUGAAGACUUAAAUGCCUCAGAAAAACAGUCUGAAGAUUUGGAUGUCUCAGAGAAGCAAUCGGAAGACAUGGACGUCUCAGAGAAGCAAUCAGAAGACUUUGACGUCUCAGAAAAGCAGUCUGAAGAUUUUGAUACUUCAGAAAAACAAUCCCUGGACUUCGAAGGUCCAGAAGACCCCACAGAUCUUCAAAACCACGUGACGAACGACAAUACGAACGAAGCAGAACGACCUACAUACAAACAACCCAAGUUUUCUUCGGACGACAUACAUGACCUGUUAUCUAACGUGGUGGGGGAAACGGAAAGUGACUCAAAAAAUCCCAAUGUGGACAGUGGUGGGGAUGGUUCGACUCCGAUGGACACUGAUUGAAGUGCGUAGACUAAUGACUACGAUGUAUUUUUACUAUUGAGGUAGCGAAGGGCAUUUGGAAGGUAUUUGAGUCAAUAUAGGAGAUGUUUUGAAUGUAAAAAACAGAAAAUAGAAGCUGUAGGCAUUCAAUACUCAGAAAUGUAGUACUGCAUCAGUCUACCGUUGAAAAUUUACAACUCAAAUCUAAUUCAAUUCUUAAUUUGUACUCAGUAUUCUUUAAAAAAAAUUCUAACGAGAUCAUUCUUACAUAGCAGCUAAGUUGAUAAUUUCUGAUUAAUGCAGAACGAUUUCUGAGUUUGAUAAAGGUCUCUGAUACCAAACACACAUUAACAAGAACAGUUGAGCUUAUUUUAAUACGUAUACCGCGGUACCUUAUGGAAUAAUAGUUCAAUUUUCGGAUGUCGCGACUUUGCAGUGUUGAAAAAUGUUCAUAGGUUGAAAACAAAUCCAUAAAAUUAUAUUUUUGAGACACUUGAAGUUAGAUUUCCAAUUUUUUUAAAUGCAGGACAAAAAAUAUUAAAAAUACUCGAAAAUUUUUAACAAAAAUGUUCAAAAGUCUUGAAAGUUUUCCUUAAAUUGAAAUACUUGAUGUUCUUGGGCUGCUGAAGAUUGCUGAUUCAAUAUGGACGUCCGAAAGUAUUAAAAACAUUCAAAUUUUUGUCUUAUAAUAAAAUAUUGUUUUUUUGAGUCACGCAAUACUAAUCUGAGGCUCAAGUAUAUAGAAUUUAAAAAAGAACGCCAAAAAGUACUCACACAUUUGAAAAUUUUUCGUAAAUUUGUAUUUUUUUGGAUGUUUUUUAGUAAUUAGUAGGAAAAAUGAAAAUAAGCCAUUGCCAUACAUUUCGCAUUAUGAUAAGCUCAAGAUGUGUCUAAGUACUUACUGUAUUUUGGAGUGCAAUUGAAGAUUUUAUAUAAAAAAGAAAAAUUUCUA